AUGAUGACUUACAACACAUACAAAGAUAAUGGUUACCUAAGAAACGUUUUUAAGUGCACAGACAAGAAAAUAAAAAUAUUUAAAUCGUAUUUAAAAAAAAAACUAAAAGUGAAUUCUUACACACUGGGAGAAUAUUCACUUAAGCAUGAUGAAAAAUUUCGGAGAAUACUUUUUUCCAGUAUUUUAAAAGAACAUGUUAUUGUCAGGAGGAAAAAGGACAAAUUAUUUUUCAUAAACGAAGUAGUUAUAAACAAAAGUUUUUUUCAAGAAGAUUUUUACUUUCAAUAUUUUUUACAAAAUGUAUUGUUACUAGAAGAUUUGCUUUUAAAAAAAUUAGAAAAUAAUCAAGAUGACAAUUUUGUUUUUAAAGAAAGAAAACAUGCCACAAUUAACUGGAAGCAGUGUUAUAGUUAUAUAAAGAAAAAAUUAAAUGAAAAAGGAAUUGAUCAAAAAAGUAAAAUUUAUAAAAAUUCAGUAUUACUAUUUAAUUCCACCAAGUUUUCUUAUGAAGAUAAGAACUGUUGUGAUUAUUUUUACAGUUUAAAAGUAUGGGAUAUUUUUUUUAAUUAUGUUUCUUUUGAUUUCUUAAAAUACCUCUUGUCUAAUACCCUUAUAUUCAUAUCAGAUUUCUUUUUUAUUAACGCUAAUAAUAAAUCAACUGUGCGAAAUUCAUUUUUUAUUCUCCUAAGUCACAUUGAACUCAAACAUCAAGACAGCAAAGAGGUUCAAGAUAAAAUAUUCUCUAAAAAGAGAAAAAUCUUUUACAACACUAAGCAGGUCAAAAUAAUUUAUCAGAGAGAAAAGUCUAGGAGAUGCGUAAAUCAUAAAAAUCAGGUAGCCAAGCUCAGAUCAAAGGAAACUCUAAUUGAGGAGAAACUACAGAGGGGGGAAUCUAUAAAUGAAAAGGAAGAAAAUCCAAAAAAGAAAUCUGAAAACGAGGCAGACAAAGCGCAAAAAUAUUCUGAAAAUGAGGCAAAAAAGAGUCCAACAUUGGCUAGCGCCUUCACAAAAUCUGGUUCAGUGGAAAAUAAUCCUACAAACAGAAAUCCCCCAAUCCAGCAAAAGGAUAGUAAGAUAAAUGUGAAAACAAAAGAAAAUGUAUACACGCAAGAAAUUGAAAAACAAAAAUGGGGUAUUCGAGUAAAGCAUAACCUAAAAGUGGAUCAGGAGAAUGUUAAUAAAUUUGAUUGCAGCAGGGACAAAAAAAAAAGAAAGUUCGACAACUGUGGGAGCUAUCAAAAAGUUGAUGCAUGUAGGGAGUGCAAGAAGAAGAAAAUUUCCUCACACAGUGAUGUAAAUGGUGAAGAAGGAGAAAAAAGCCAACAUAACAAAAAUGACAAAAAAGGAGAGCAUAACGAAAAUGACGAACAUAAAGCACAGCACCCGAGCAUUGCAAUAAAACGUGUGCAGGAUAAAAGAGAGGCAACUGCGAACGUAGGAAACAAGCUGAGGGAAGGAAAAAUAUAUAAAUAUAUAUUUAAAAAGAAAGAACAAGGUAUUAGAACAAAGGAUAUUCAGUCGCAUGUAAACUAUUUAUACUUACUUCAGUGUAGUGGACGAAUAAUUAAAAAUGAAUUUCUCAAGGAGAUGAAGGAAAUACAAAAGGAAAAUGAGCAGAAAGAAAAGGCCAAACUUGAACGUGAAACAAUUUUGGAAGAAACACGAAAAAUGACAAAUGGAGAGAGGGGAGAGACAAUGAAAAAGACGCUACCACAGAUUAAGUUUUUUUUGGAUGAAGAAAUUGAAAGAAAGAAGAACAACGAUCAUAUUGUUGGAAAUAGUGGAAGGUACGACACAAAUGGAAGGAGAAAUGGAAACGAAACGAAUUUCAAGGAACAACAAGGUGAGGCAGCUGUUGGAAGCGAUAAGAAAAAAUGGAGUAAAAUUAUAAUAAAUCGAAACAACGUUCUACAACACAAUACGACGAAUAAGUACAAGAAUUUUUUAUUAAAUAAGAAGAUAAUUUUUGAUAAAAUAGAAAACAUUCCUUUAUUCAUCUAUCAUUUAUUGAAUUAUAUUUUCAAGUCAGACCAAAAGUAUUUUUUUCAUAACAAUUUUAUAGACGAAUAUAAACACAAAAUUUCGAAACAAAUGAAAUGCAAUACAAAAAAAAAUGAUAUUUCUUUUCUUUUAUUGAAGAAGGAGAACAUAUUGUCACGAAAUUUGUUACACCAGUGUAGAAGUAAGGACAAACGUGAUGAUGUAUCCUUUCGUUUAAAAAAAACGAAAAUACUCAAGUAUGUCUAUUGUCAUUUUGAAGAAUUUAUAAACAACACAAGAAAUGCUAACUUUGAAAAAAUAUAUAAUAAAUUUUUCCCAAGAAGUAAAAUAAAAAAUAAAAUUGCCAAAACGUUUAAAAUAAUUAAAUCACAAAUAAUUAGCAAAUACAAAAUUAUAAAUAUUCGAAAAAAUAGAAAAUUUAUUAAACAAAAAAUGUAUGACAUUUUUUUUAAAAACUACGAUUUUCUUUCCUUUUCUUUUAAAACAUUCCAAGUCAUCAAUUUCAUUGUAUAUGUGACGAAGAAAUGUGUACCUAUUAAACUUCUUGGAAAUAGACAUAAUUUCAAAAUUUUUCUAAAAAAUGUGAAAAAAUUCAUCUUACUUAAUUAUAAGGAAAAUUUUACUAUGGAUCAAAUGAUGAAACACAUUAAGGUUAAAAACAUUUUCCAGAAAUAUAUUUCCAAAAGGAAGUUGACAUAUAUAACUAACUUACAUUCAUGUGAAUUGCAAAAUGAGACAACUCAACAGUCCAACCUAUUAUCGUCUUAUACCCUUCAUGUCACUACAAAUUAUAAUAAAAACAGCAAAUGGUAUCCAAAAGGUAGCGGUCAAAAAAUACGAGACAUUAUUGAUCAAGAAAAAGGGGUAUCCAUCUUUGACAAAAUUAAGAGAAAAUAUCUUAACAAGAAAAAAAAAAUUAACAUGGCAAUUCAGAAAAGACAUUUUAUGAACAGGAUAAUUUACUUCCUGUUUAAUUAUUUUAUUAUGCCCAUAAUUAGAGAAUAUUUUUUUCUAACAAAAUCGGAACAUACUAUUUAUAAGACAAUUUUUUUUGAUAGAAAAUUGUGGAACUACGUUACAAAGGUUUCAAAUUUCUGUUUGUAUCAUCAAAAAUUUCCAAGCAAAAAGAUAAAAAAGAAGAUGGAAUCAGGAGGAAAAACAACUUCAUGUCGAAAAAAAAAAAAUCUAGCUCAGUCCAAAAGCCAACAGUAUAUGAAGAAUUUGUAUCAUCUCAUUGCCAAGACGAAAGGGAAGAAAUUGCAUAAUUUUCCCGCAUUAAAUAUCAUAGAUAGAAAAAUUGAAAAACGUAAAAAACGACUACUACAAAACACUUCGAAAUAUGAACUUGGUCAUACAAAGUGUACUGUUCCUAGCAAGGAAAGGAGUAAAAAAAAUUCACGACUAAGGAAUGACGUCACACAAAUGAAAAGCAGCCUUAAAAAGAAAGAAGUACAACAUAAAAAAGGCACACAAAUGAAUACACCAAGUUCAAACUUACCACACAAAUGUAUUGAAGACAUGUACCAAAUGGAUAUUUUGAAUAAGAAAAAUCUUAGACCGUACUUAACCAAAUUUUAUUACAAAGUGAAGAAAAAAUAUUUUUCCCUCAGAAAAAAGUAUAUUAGGAAUGGAAUAAAAAAAUCUCCCCAUAGGGUGAAUGAGUUUGCAGAGUAUAUAAAGUUUGCGAAUGAGAAGGAAAAGUUGUUAAGGUACAUCGGUAAACAUUUUUUUAAAAAAACACAAAAAAAUUACAUUAAAAGGUUUUGUAGAUUGAUCAAGCGGAUGAAGAGAAGAGUGGGUGUCAAGAGAAUUUCAAAAUGGGGGACUGACGAAAGAGGAGGUGAAACGGAGGGAAAAAGAACAGACAAAAUGGGGAUCAAAAGGAAAGACAAACUGGGGAUCAAAAGGAAAGACAAACUGGGGAUCAAAAGGAAAGACAAACUGGGGAUCAAAAGGAAAGACAAACUGGGGAUCAAAAGGAAAGACAAACUGGGGAUCAAAAGGAAAGACAAACUGGGGAUCAAAAGGAAAGACAAACUGGGGGUCAAAAGGAAAGACAAACUGGGGGUCAAAAAGACAGACAAACUGGGGGUCAAAAGGAAAGACAAACUGGGGAGUGAACAGACAGGCCGAAAAUUCUCUCAACAAGGGGGAGAUACUUUUUCUUAUGCACAGAAUAAUCAAAGCAAUCUUAUCAAAACGAGAAGAUCUGGAAAAGCAGCGCGUCCUAUUCAUAUCGCCCCGCUCAGAGAAGUGCACGCCAAGGAAAAGAAAAAAAUUUAUAUACAUAAAAUAAAGAACAUAAUAGAGAAACGUAAUUUUUUACUAAAAUUGAACUCAAUUGAUAAUUUUUUUUCCAAGAAAUUAAGAAUAAAUUGGGUACCUAAAAAAAAAGGAUUAAGACCGCUGAUAAACCUAUCCACAUUAAACAUCCCAGAAAGUGUAAAAAAUAGAAUUAAGGAAAUUUUAAAAAAUAAAAAAAGUAGCGAAUUUUAUUUUAAUACCAUUUUAAAUAAUUUAGAAAGAGAUAAUAAAGAUAAAAAUGUAAGGAAGAAAAAAAAAUACAAUAGAAAGAAUUACAACCCAGUAUCGUUAAAUCAUAUUUCUAAUUUUUCUUUAAAAUGUUUGGGUAAUUUACGGAAUAAUAAUAGUACUAUAUUUCAAAAUACAUUAACUAAGAUAAAUGAAAUAGAAUUGAAAUUAAAGAAAUGGUUAGAUUACUUAAGGAAUUGGUUUUAUCGCAAUAAGAGAAAUAAAAAAUAUAUAAAAAAUAAAUUGAAGAAUUCAAAGGUUAUUUAUGCAUAUGUAUGUGUUGGAGACUUUUCUAAUUGUUAUGAACAUAUAAAUCAUAACUAUUUGUUUAAAAUUUUGAAAAACUUUUUUCAUGAUAUUUCCAACUUUGAAUUUAUAUACGUAUUUAUAAGAUCAUUUCGUUUAUAUAAUAAUUACUUGAAUAAUUCUCAUCUAACAUAUUACCCUGUUAACAUAAAAGGUUUCGGCCAACAUUGCAUAAGAAAUCUCCGCGAAUUAAUUAUCAAAUCAAAUUCUAACAAUUCCUAUAAUUUCCUUCUCAAACAGAUGUUUAAAAAUAUGUCAACUACGGAUAUGUACAUUUUUGCAGAUUCCUAUAAAAGUGUUCAGGUAGAAAAAAGAGAUAUAUUCAUGACUAUUAUCAGCAUAAUUAGGUAUUACUACUUGAACAUAUAUUUUAGCAUAAAGAAAAUCAAAUUACAACGAAAAAAUAUUUUCUACUUUCAAAUUUUUCAGAAAGAGAAAAUGAAUGAAAUAUAUCACACUUUGCGCUGCAGUAGGAAAUUAGACAACUUGAAGAAAUUGCAGUGGGUGGAGGAAAAUGAUGAAGAAACAAAUAGCAUAGAACAAAUCGAAAUACAGGUAGGAAGAGAAGCACAAACCAUGAGCAUUACACCUAUUAAACAGACAGUAAAUAAUGCAAACGCACAUGAAAUGAGAUUUACCUCGUUAAGCAGUAAUACAUGCAAUGUUGAUCAUGCAGCUACUGACCAAUGCGACCAUAAUGAUGAUGACAAGAAAAUCCCCAUUAAGACAGGACGACAUAAUAAAGGUCAAUUAGUGCACUUACAGAAUGACAGUAGAAGAGAAAUAGCCACAUUGGCGAAAAGAGAGGAAGCGAGUGAAACACGCUUAGAAAAAAAAGUCGUAACGUGUUCAGAAAGAAAUCUCGCAGCUAGCUCAGAGAAAAGCGUCGCAAUAUGCCCAGAAGGAAAUCUCGAAGCUUACCCAGAAAAAAAUCUCGCAACUUGCUCAGAAAAAAACGUCGCAAUCUGCUCAAACCCCCCCCUUACAACAUGCGUGGAAAAGAACUUCCUAACAUUUCAGGAUAAAAAAAUUAUUAGUAAUAUAUGUGGACUACCACAAGGCUUCAGCUUGUCCAAUAUUCUCUGCUCCCUGUACUAUGCUUAUUUAGACAGAAAUGAAGAAUUUCAAAACAUUCUUAAUUCUGAAAAGGGGUCAAGGAAAACAGAAAUAAAUGAUGUGCUAAAAAAAUAUGGAAAUAUGUCGACUUACAAGAAUUUAAAUUCACUCUUAAUUAGAUUUAUAGACGAUUUUUUAUUUAUAACGCUUAAUGAAAAAAAUAUGAAAAGUUUUAAAAAUUUAUUGUUGAGAAAAAAAAUAUGGGGAGAAAAUAUUAAUUCAUCGAAGACUAAAAUUUUCAAGCUCCCCAUUAUUUAUAGAAGCGAUUUCUUGAUGGAGAAUAUAUGGGAGCAGGGGGACACAAUCAAAGAGGAGAAGCAAAAACGUGUGUUGAAUAAGAAACGUGCUCUGGAGAUGAAACGUGCGCUGGAGAUGAAACGUGCGCUGGAGAAGAAACGUGCGCUGGAGAAGAAACGUGAGUCGAAGGACAAACAUACCUUUGCAUUCGCAUGCCAGUUGACCCCCCAGGGACAAUAUGCAACCCCAUCAAUUAGCACUGCAAGCAGUGUGCAAGGCAAUAGACAACGAAUUUGUGAAUGCAGCGUGAUAAAUCCUUUCCAUCCAAUUAAUGAUAACAUGUGUAAUCAGAAAAAUAGAAGGAAAAGAGAGAACCCCCAAAAGAUGGGCGAAGCGCGAAAAGGGGACCCCCCCAUAAUAGGGAAGAAAAAAAGAAAAAAAAAUAAAAUAACUUACACACAAAUUGGGAAACUAAUAAAAGAGCUAGUUGAAAAAAAGAGAAGAUUAGUAGGAAUUAAAUCUCGUAUCAUAAAGGAAAAAAUUAAAAAGCAUAUUAAACGGUUGAGGCGGUUGAGAAAACGAAUGCACGGAACUGCAAGAUGGAACAGUACAAACCAUUGUUAUGAAAAACAACAGAGUGGAGUAUUUUCCAUUGAAUGGCUUAACAAUGCAUACACUUGCGACUUUGUGAACAACUGUGUGCAUAGCACAUCUUAUCAAUGGAAAAACAAGCAAGACGCAACGAUUCGGAACCAUCUACACUUGAAUAAUGUUAUAAUAGAAAAAUGCAACUCUAUAAGUUUUAUGAAAUUCUUAGUAGAAAACAGAAUUAUGCGAAAUAUCAUAUCAAAGCAGAAAAAAAACAAAAUGCUUUAUAAAAAUAAACAGAAUACCUAUUUUGCAUAUAAAAAUAAUUUUAUCCUUUUAAAAAGUUCUAUAUUAAAAUUUAUUUGUUCUAUUAAAACAUUGAAAAAAAUGUUCAAUGCCUUUUACAAUGAUAGGUACAUUACAAAAUUUAUAUUUCAUUUAAUCUCAUAUAUGAAAAAAUCACUUAUAAAAAAUAAAAAAAUAAAGUUUGUCAAAUUGUUCUUAGUCGAUACGGCCAUACAAGCACUGCUAUACGCUAGGGCCUUUAAUACCAGUAGCCCUUUAUACUCAUGCCUGAAACGUCUAAGAAAUAUUAAAAAAAGGCUCAUAUGCAGAUACAUACGAAGAAAAAAAAAACAUCUCUUGCUUCAGUAUUAUUCUUUGUAUAAUCAUAUCCGCAAGGAGUUGCAUAAUACAUGGCCAUACAUGUUUAAAAUUAGGGAACCUACUUUCCACUCGGCCAGGUGA